AUGACGCCACCUAAGAGAAACGAAGAAAAGCCCAUUUUGUUAUCUAGGGCAUCAGUACCCUUCCCCCAUAUAAAACCCAAGCCUCCUCAAGUCGCCUCGAUCAGUACAUUCACUUUAGCUUCUGCAGCUCCAAAAAAACCCCCAAGUCGCCGAGAUGCAGCUCCAAAAAUCCCCAAGUCGCCGAGAAGCCCAGAGCUGCAAAUCUCGCUCCUCUCUCUCUCGGAACACCACGGGAGGUUGUCAUCGGAAUCUGCGGAAAUCGGGCUGAUUUCGGGGUCUCUGAAGGGGAUGGUGUUCGGAAUUGCAUUGAUGGCCUGCUGGGGUAACGGUUAUGGCUGGUUGUUGUUGUUGCUUCAUUGUUUCGUCGUGUUGAGAUUUGAAUUGCUUUGUGAAAUGGUCUUUUACGAUUCCUUCACGAAUCAUUUGAAGGGCGUUGGGGGUCUUAAUUUGGUGGUAUUGAGAAUUAAAAGGCCGCUUCCUUCGUGGUGGCUGUAGUGGGUGCUUGAGGGGUGAAUCUGUGCUUAUGGUGGAGGAUUGGAGGCUUUGGCGUUCAUCUGACAAACAAAAAAAGCUAAAAUAAAUAAAAAAAAGGACAAUAAUUUGAUAGACCAAAAAAGAAAUAUGUAAAUAUGUGAAUUAUUUAAUUAAAUUUAAUAAAUAUAUUAGAUUCA